AUGGCUACGCCAGUGAUGGAGAAAACGGAAAUGGUUUUCAUAGACAAGGCCUUUGUACUUGAAAACCUGCCCUGGGAUCCUUUGAUCCUCGCCAUGGAAAAUGCUUUGCGCAUAUUCUCCGACACGAAGAACAACACUGCUGAAGAGCAAGUUUUGCAGCCCAGCAUUUUCUGUUCCAGAUGGCUCGGCGUCAUGCCAGCUGCGAUAACAACGCCAGACAAGGACAUCCUGGCUACAAAGCUGGUGACAGUGUAUCCAGAAAAUGGUGCAAAAUCCUUGCCAAGCCAUCAUGCCAUCAUUGUCCUCUUCGACUGCACUUCGGGCUCCAUCAAGGCGGUCUUGGACGGGGAAGUCAUCACUGAAAAGAGAACUGCAGCAGUUUCCGCAGUGGCUGCCAAGUACCUGGCGAGUACCAGCAGAACAGUUCUCGCCGUUCUUGGAUCCGGCGUUCAGGGAAAGGCACACAUUGAAGCAUUUUUGCAUCUUUUCAAGGACAUCAAGCAGGUGAGGAUUUGGAAUCACAGGGCAGAAGGAGCCGAGAACCUGGCAGGAAAAAUGCGAGUGUUGUAUCCAGACGUGGAAAUUGUUGCGUGCGAAUCCGUCGAAUUGGCAGUGUCAUCGGCGAACAUGAUUGUCACUGCAACCUCGUCCAAGACCCCGAUUUUGCACCACAGCCACGUUCAACCAGGCACUUUCAUCGCAGCCGUCGGGGCUCCGAGGAAAGAUUGGCGGGAAAUGAGCCCGGAACUGGUGGCCAAGAGUGUGCUGAUUGUGGACAGCGUCGACGCAGCGACUGUCGAGGCCGGGGACAUCGUGUGCACCCCGAAUGCCAAAAUUUGCGCGGAAAUUGGCCAAGUCCUGGGGCAACAAGUAGUACCUCGGCUGCUGGGCAACAGGACACCCGAAGACGUUGUCAUCUUCAAAUCACUCGGAUUGGCACUUGAAGAUGCUGCUGCGGCGGAUUUGGUGUAUCGCGAAUUUGUCAGGAAAUGCAAAAAGACGUGAAAGAAAAAGCUGGCGUCAAACGAGAGAAAAAAAAACUCCCGAA